AUGCGACAUUCUUGCAAGUCAGACAGUCAGACGCUAGCGGAAACUCUUCCUUCCUUCCUGGGCUGGAGGAAGCUCUGCUCACUCAUUUGCUUUUUCUUGUCUCUCCGACUGCAGAACCCAGGAAUUAAAAAAAGACCCUUCCCCCUUUCCUCUCCCUCCAAACAGCAUCAUGGAAGUUUCUUUUCAGAGGCAUUUUCUGAGCACCAGAUCAGACCAUCUCUCUCUUAUCACUGCAACUAUGCAUUCCACUGUCCUGAUACCAAAGAUGACCGGAUGUGUGGAAUCGGACCUGGGUUUCACUAUGUGUCUGCUUCUUUUCGCAUUAAUGGUCUCAGAUAA